AAAAAAAAAACCACACACACACUUUGUUCAUGUUGGGAAUAAGUCUUCUCAUUAGAAGACUCUUUCAAAGUGAAGAUGUUUCCAGUGACGACUUUUUGUGUUCUAAAUGUUUUGACAGAAUAACAACAAUGAUAGUAUCUGAACAAGGUGAAGCCUCCCAUGGUGCAGAUUUUGCAUCAGUAGUGGAAGAAUUACAUACCCUGAAUCAGUCAACUACAGAGCUGAAGUUAAAGCCAAGAAACAUGCUACAUUUUUGGAGUCAUGAGGAGUGUGUUGAAGUUCAGACAAGGCAGUACUACUAUGCAAGUAUGCACAUGAAAAAUUCACCAGGCUGUCUGCUGUCUUCCGUCAGGACAUGAAAUUCAAGUCAGGAAAUGAAACCCUCCCUCCCCCCACAGCUUGCCCGUACUGCAAGUCUGUCACUGUGCAUUUGUCUCUGUUCAAGUUAACUGCCUAGUGUUUUGUGGAGGAAGAAAUUGAAAUUAAAAGGGCAAAGCUUGAAUCAGAUUUCAAGUG